AUGUCAUACUUCAUGUCCAACGCCGACGUUCUGACUCGUACCCUGUGGUCCCCACUUCUAACUGAGCGGCUGCCAGCUAUCACUCCGCCGUCGGUAUUCGCCGAUUGGCAACGCGUCCCCCACGACUACGAUGGGCUGUGCUCCUGGAUGUUAGUCAACAGAACAGACGAGGGCGUGAGGGCGACGCACCCGUAUGUGCUUCUAUACUCUCCAACGGUAUGCCCUGUGAAAGGGGAGGACGUUCGCGUUGUGUUGCGGUUCCAUGGGGUGGUAGAGUCGCUGAAUAUUUCGCCUACGGGCAAUUAUAACGGCCGCAAGGAAGCGGCGCCGAGAGCGGUCCAGUUCCUAUCACUCACCGGCUCUUCGUGGAACCUGCCGUUCGACGACCAGCGCCGCUCUCUGGAGAAUAUCCGCGCGUACGUCGGGACGGUGCUCAACUGUACGGUCGAAGACACAACUCGUCGCCCGGGCACCAUAUACUUCCAGCGCCUGGUGUUCACGAAGGUUCGGAGAGACGCACCUUCGGCAGUUAAGUCGGCGCUGGUGUAUGGAGACGACCCGCACGGGUGGGCUUCCGCUAUACAGAACGACUGGGUGGUAGGUCACAAGAUCUUCACCGCCCUAUACGACGAGCAAGGCAAGCCCACGAAGAAGCCCUACACGAUUAUACGAGUGGGUGACUUCGUCGAGGUUAGCGCUUCUGUCGACAUCAUCAAAUAUCGCAAGCGCAGCGGAUGGGCCACAGAAGCUCGGCUGAGCGUUCAACAAGUCAUACGCGUAGCUGAUAAGGCGACGGUAGAGAUGGCGCACCCGCCCCCCCCGAGCAACCGAGUCGUCACGGAUCAGCAGGCAGCGGCUCACAUUUUCGCUUUAGUGGGCACGGCCUCCGUACAGCAAGACGAUCCGAAUGCGAUGCAGACGUAG